AGAAAACGAAAGUAAGUGAUUCACCCCGGUCAUCCCGCGCAGUUUGUCCAGAGGCUACGUUAUAGCCUAAACUACAAAAAUCAAUCCUGGUUUUUAUGACAUCUUGAAUCCUGGUGGACAGUGAUGUGGUGGCUGCUGCUCUUUUUACCUGUCUGUCGAGGUGCACAAAGUCCUGACACAUUCACCUUGUCUGUUCCUGAUGGCCCACUCUCUGUCUGGAUGGGAUCCUCGGUCAUCCUGCCCUGUUCACUCUCUCCUGCGUUCACUGCAUCACUAAAAGUGCGCUGGCACCAACCUGAUAAGUACAAAACUCCAGUUCUGCUUUAUGAGAAGCAGCAGAUCCAGCAGCAGCCUGCUGACCCUCAGUACAGGGGCAGGGUGUCACUGAUAGGGGGGCUGGAGAAGGGGAACGUGUCCCUGAAACUGGAGAACGUCUCACUGGCAGACACUGGAGAGUUUGUCUGUUUUGUUGCUGGGGAUAAGUGGUACGAUAAGGCCAGUGUUCACCUCAUUGUGAAAGUGAUGGGCUCCCCACCGGUCCUUUCAGUCAGUGAUGGGGGCAGUGGGCAGGUGAAUGUUACCUGUGUGUCAGAUGGUUGGUCUCCAAAGCCUACACUCACCUGGAGAAACAACAGAGGCGCAGAAAUCCCCAGUCAGAACCAUCACAGUGCGACAGAUGCACGUGGACUUGUGACUUCCUGGCUGUUGCACUCUUCCUCUGAUUCCGAGUGGGUUGCGUGCUCUGUAGGUCUGUCUGAAGAGGAGAGAAAAGAGAGCAGGGUCUUACCUCACACCUCCAGGACUGGCACAGUGGAACUGGAGAGGAUACUGAGGGACAAAGAUGCAGAGAUGGAGAAUCUGAAACAGAAGAGUAAAGGCCCUUGGAAAGAAGUUUUCAUUAGUGGUCUGGUUCUGUUGCUUCUGUCUUCCAUUGCUACUGUACUCAUCUUGUACAAAAAAGGUUUUAUUAAAUGGAAAUAUUCAAAGGAAACAGCAGCAGGUAAUUCACAAGAGUCUCAACAGGAAGAAUUGUGUGCCAGAGGGAAGGAAACAGAGAGCCUACUGAAGAAACAGAGUGAGGAGAAGACUCUGAAUCAGAAGAUUACAGGGCUGCUGAGUCAACUGGAAGAGAGUAAGAGAGAAGUGGAGAGACUGAACCAGCAGAUUAAAGCAACAACUGAUGAAGAUGAAGGGAAAAAAUUGAAUGGAAAAGUGAAUGACAUCGAGAAAGAGCAUCAGAAACUGAAACAGCAAAAUGAAGACCUACUGAAACAGCAUGAGGAGGAGAAGACUCUGAAAAAGGAGGUGGAGACUCUGAAUCAGAUGAUUACAGGGCUGCUGAGUCAACUGGAAGAGAAUAAGAGAGAAGUGGAGAGACUCAACCACCAGAUUAAAGGAAAAAUAGCAACUGAUGAAGAUGAAGGAAAAAAACUGGAGGGAAAAGUGAAUGACAUCAAGAAAGAGAAUCAGGAACUAAAGCAGCAAAAUGAAGACCUACUGAAGAAACAGAGUGAGGAGGAGAAGACUCUGAAAAAGGAGGUGGGGGCUCUGAAUCAGAAGAUUACAGGGCUGCAGAGUCAACUGGAAGAGAAUAAGAGAGAAGUAGAGAGACUCAACCACCAGAUUAAAGCAAAUGAUGAAGAUAAAGAAAAAAAAACGGAGGGAAAACUGAAUGAUAUUGAGAAAGAGAAUCAGGAACUGAAGCAGCUAAAUGAAGGUGCUUUUUCUCAGAAUCACGGACUAGUAAUCCAAGUAAAACCGUGGAAGACAGUGAAACGUCUUAAAAGAAAUCCUCACCAUGGAUGAAGCCAGUGUAAAGGGCGACCUGGAAGUAGAUAGUAGGAGGAAAAGUGUGAAAUGCACUAAACCAAACAGAAAUGAAACACUAAACGCUAUGUCUACAUACAUUCUAUGUAAAGAGACCUUCAGUUCAGGACAACACUUCUGGGAGGUGAA